AUGGGCGACAAGCGGCCAGUACAAAUAGUCUUCAACGGCAACCUCUCUAUUGCGAGCUCACCGUCGAGCGUCCAGAUGUUGUGCAAAAAUGGACAGUGGUACGAUAACCAGACUGGUAUUGCCGUCGUGUCUGUGUCGUGCAUCUAUGAGUCUCCAUGUACGUUAUAUUGCUCGUUCCCCGAAACAUAUCAGGAAGGAAAAGUGAAGUGGGAACUUGAAUUAAAGUAG